GGGGGUGCUCAGUACGGGGCACAAACACUGUAGCAUGAAAAUCUUUGCGAAUGAGCCAAAUCAGCAGAAAAUCUAACUACUGCGUUCUGGCAAGGAUAGUAUUGUACCAGUUAUAGGGGUUUAUGAUAUUAUUUUAUCAAUACACACAAAGUUCGCUUAUGAUUUGAUGUUCGUAAAACAUUCUACUAAUACGGUACAAUGCACAGAUAUACAAUACACAAGCCCUUGGAACUACUGCACUAACCUACUAACACCACUACUUACAGCCGUUUAUCAAUUAGUUUUGUUGCUAAGAAACCACAAUGUUAGGUAUUCCGUGGUAUUAUACAAAUGAUGCGUCGUGAAUAUCUACUCUGCACAUGAUCACACACACACAAGCACAUGAUCACCCCUUUUCUAGCUAGCUUAAACCGUACACCUAUACUUUGCUAUUAACAAGCACUAGCUAUGGCUGAGAGACAAGACCAUGAACAAGAGUACAUAUUCAGAAAUGUUCAACUCUUCAAGAAUGAUACCCUUGGUACUGGCUCCUACGGGGCAGUGUGUAAAGCCAAGUGUGACCAGCUACUCUGUGCUGCCAAGCUACUCUAUCCAGUGCUCUUCCAAAUAGCUGUUCCAGAUCCUGGCAAAGAACAUAGACACCCGUUUAGAAGAUUCGAAACAGAGUGUGCAUUUCUGAGUUGUAUCAACCACCCCAACAUUGUACAGUACUUGGGGACCUAUCGCGAUCCCGACACAAAUGCACCAGUUCUUCUCAUGGAGCUCAUGGACGAGAGUCUGACACACUUCCUGGAGUCAUCACCUGGAGACAUUCCCUACCACAUCCAAGUCAACCUCUCCUAUGACAUAGCUCAAGCACUUGCCUUUCUCCACUCCAAUGGGAUCAUCCAUCGCGACCUCUCCAGCAACAAUGUCCUGCUCAUUGCAGGCACUCGAGCCAAAGUCACCGAUUUCGGAAUGUCCAAAUUUAGGGACAUAAACGUCAGCCGACUAGCCACAAUGACCACAUGCCCGGGAACACCAGCCUUCAUGUCUCCCGAGGCACUAAACGAACCACCAGUGUACACAGACAAACUAGACAACGUCUCAUUUGGUGUGCUUUUAGUUCAGACCACAACUCGACAGUUUCCAAAGCCAACAGAUCGAUUCGAGAAUAUUCAAGUUCCCCAUCCACGAAAUCCAGGUCGCACAAUUGAGGCUAAAAUAGCAAUCCCAGAACUAGAGAGAAGACAAGCUCACCUGAGCCUGAUUGAGCCCACCCACCCUCUACUGCCGAUUGCUCGUUGCUGCCUCAAAGACAGAGAUGUUGAACGACCAUCUUCCCAAAAGCUUUGCCAAACACUAGAUGCUCUCAAGAGGACACCACGAUACCAGGAAAGCUCCCAACAAGACCUGCACCAGAUGCUCAGAGAGCAAAUAACAGCAAAUGACACACAGCUACAAAUAAACGAACGGAUUUUAACAGAAAAUCAAGAGAUAAUUACACAAACAAUGAACAGUUACAUACACAAGCUAAUAAAAUACAAACCCUCCAACAAGACAAAGCAACCCUUCAACACGAGGCUGAAGCCAGGGAGAGACAGCUGAGGAGACUCAACCAAGAGUUGCAAUCAAGUGAGGAGAACACUGCUGUCCUCCAACAAACCAUCGAUCAACGAGACAGAGAAGUCACUCAACUGAGACAAGCGUUGGCAAGCAAGAACGAAGAAUCUCACGAUCUA